UACUGCGUUGUCAUGGCGGCCUCCUUAGCUACUUUACAGAGAUGCUGCCAGCAGUCAGCUUGCAUCCUUGUUGCUAGGCGAUCUUGGAGCUCAAGCCCAGAAACUCUACAGCCUCUGCACAAAAGGCUUCUCCUCUACCUCACUCAGCAUUACUAUGAUAUAGAGAUAUUUCUUGGGUUGGGGUCUAAGUGGAAGAACAGGGAGCUUCGACGCAAGAAUAUGUAUUUUGGCUACACUCAAAAGUUUUAUGGACCAGACAUAGCAGCAGCUCAUUUUGUCUUGAGUCUCAAAGGAGGAUUUAGGUAUGUUGGCCAGCCAGACUGGUUCCGUGCUAACCAGAGGGGCAAGUUCAGCUGGGACUUUUUGAACCACAAAGGCACACAGUUAGAAGAAAUAGACAUGAGCAACACAGUCAUCACCUACAGAGGACUGGACAAUCUGGAAAAUCAGCGAAAUUUAAAGACUCUGUCUUUACGAGGAUGUCCGAACGUGGAUGACUGGUUCCUGGCCAGGCUCCACAUGUUCCAAGAGUCUCUGGAGGAACUUGACAUCUCUCACUGCCCAAACAUUACCACUGGUGGCCUACCUGCCCUCAACAAUCUCAAGACACUGCGACGUCUGGAUAUUUCAUCUCUCCCUGGAAUACAGUGUCCUGGGUUGGUAAUCAUCCUGCUGGAGGAGAUGUUACCACAUUGCCAGAUCACUGCUACUGGUUACAAACACACUGUGGUUCAAGAGGACAGAGCGGGUGUGGAGGAGAACAUGUAAGCUCAGAGACAUGAGAGAUCUUCAUAGGUUCUCUCGUUUCUGAUGACCCAAGACCGUAGCCAGAUCAGGUUCAAAUCUCAUGCUGUUGCUUUGGGUCUCAUACUUGUGUAUGCGGCCAAAUGACCCAAUGGAUUGGACUGCACUCUGUCAGUGCUGAUGGUGUGUGAGGGGAGCAGAAUGUGAACAGUUGUGCAACACACUCAGUUUACAUUUUUGUGUGUGAAACCGUGACAGGAAUGCCAAUAAUCGAGGACUUUGACCAUGUGAGUCUUGGACAACACAUAGGAUGAACCAAAUCUAUUUCGCAAACAUGAAACCCCACCAGGAGAAAAUCUAUCUAGAAUGUGCUGUGACUAUUGAAAACUUCUCUCUGACACAGACAAUCCUGUUUAACAGAGAGACUGUGGAUAAUCUUUCUCAAAUGUUGUUAUGAGGGAGAGAUUAUGUGUAAAUCUG